AUGCCCAGCUCAGCGCUACUGUGUUGCCUGGUCUUCCUGGCCGGGGUGGGAGCCAGCCAAGACGAGGGUACCCAGUCUAAGGGCAGCUGCACCCUCUUCCCAGCCAACCUGCCCCAUAUGCUCCAAGAGCUCCGAGCUGCCUUCAGCAGGGUGAAGACUUUCUUUCAAAUGAAGGACGAGCUGGACAACAUGUUGUUGAAUGGGUCCUUGCUGGAGGACUUUAAGGGUUACCUGGGUUGCCAAGCCUUGUCGGAGAUGAUCCAGUUUUACCUCGAGGAGGUGAUGCCCCAGGCUGAGAACCACGGCCCAGACAUCAAGGUGCACGUGAACUCUCUGGGGGAAAAGCUGAAGACCCUGAGGCUGAGGCUGCGGCAAUGUCAUCGCUUUCUGCCCUGUGAAAAUAAGAGCAAGGCAGUGGAGCAGGUGAAGAGUGCCUUUAGUAAGCUCCAAGGGAAAGGUGUCUACAAAGCCAUGAGUGAGUUUGACAUCUUCAUCAACUACAUAGAAGCCUAUAUGACGAUGAAGAUGAAAAACUGAAACACCCUAGGGAACAAAGCAUCCAGGACAGCAACUCUACUAGACUCCAGGAUGUAAAUUGGAGAUCUCCCAAAUCUGAUCCAGGGUUCUAGGAGAGCCCAACCAGCUCCUUGGAAAAACCUGUCAUACCUCUCUCCUAGACUAUUUAUUACCCCUGAUACCUCAACUCCCAUUUCUAUUUAUUU